ACAACGACGACGACGACGACGGCGACGACGACGCAGAAGAGCAGCAGCCCAUUCUCCGCCGUCUUUGGAGUAUUAGCAGGAGCAACAGCGCCAGAAACAGGCAUCUCCCUCCAUCCCCUCCGCAGCAAAACUACCACUCGCCAGUAACUGGCCUGCAACGGAGCGUUUCUGUACACACAGCCAACCCGCCGCAGACUCGCUGGAAUCAAGGAACUAUCCUCGCCAGAUCAAACAGCGUCGCCUCGCCUCGCCCCAGAGUAUCCGCAAUGUCAGUGUCGGCUGGACAGGAGAGGGCCACCGGCCACCACCGAUCUGGCUCUCUCGCCGAACGCUACCCUGGCGACAGAUCACAUCGUCCCUUGGAGAUGCUGAUGCAGGAGCAUUAUGCAAAGGACGAUCCCGAGGACGCGCGCAAACAUAGGCCCAAGCCCGAGCCGAGUUCGCUCCCGAGUCGUGGUGGCUCCCUGAGAGAGCGGUACCCGGGAGACAUGUCUCACCGACCCCUAGCAAUGAUCAAGCGGGAGCAUCGAGCUGCCGAUCGGGCACCCUACCUGCACACGCACCGCCGCCAGCAGCCUAGUGAUCCUAUCGAUCUUCUUGACCACACGGGUCCUCUGCCCCAGGCCGCUUACCACCACGGUGGCCCGUUCGACCCCCUUAUGACUUCCCGCAACACCAACAAGACAUACUCACCCGUCGAAGCUGUCAAGGAGACCAAUAUGGAGGCCAUCAGGGCCACCCCAGCCGAAUACCUCCAGGACUCUCUGGUCAAGCAUAUGCCGCUGCAGGGCACUGCUGUCAUCCCCCCGGGCAUGCAAACAAUUAGCGGACACACGAUGGAGUAUGAAGAGGGUGCCGACCUGAUGCGGGAGCGAGAUGCCGAAGGCGGUGCAUAUAAACGAUGGGACCAUGUUGUAGGUUGACCUGGCUAACUUUGCUAUGCCCUCGGCGAGAACUGGGAACUAACUUGGUAAUUCUGCAGCCGUACCGCGACGACGACAUGAA